CUGCAACCCGGGACCUCAGACCUGACCCCAAUCCCAGCGGCACCGAGCAGCAGGAAGCCAGGUUCCUCCGCCACCUCCCGGACAGGUGACUGCCUCCAAAGCCUUUUCCACACAUGGGGCCCCCAGCCCAUCCUAGCCAAGCACUGCCACCUGCUCUAGAAACUACACUUCCCAGCAGGCGCCAGAGCAGCGAUCUCAGCUCCCAGCAUGCUCUUAGGCGCGGCCGGGCCCCCACGUUAACCCCUCAGUGGCUGCCGACUGGCGGGGAGCUGCGUGGGGAGCAAGCCCAGCCGCCCCUUGCCCAGAAUGCCUGAGGGCCCCGAGCUGCGUCUGGCCAGUCUCUAUGUGAACGAGGCGUGCAAGGGGCUGGUGUUUGCCGGGUGCGUGGAGAAGUCACCCGUCAGCCGCAACCCCGAGGUGCCGUUUGAGAGCAGCGCGUAUUGCAUCUCCUCCUCGGCCCGUGGCAAGGAGCUGCGCCUGACUCUGAGCCCCCUGCCUGGGGCCCAGCCCCCACAGGAGCCACUGGCCCUGGUCUUCCGCUUUGGCAUGUCUGGCUCCUUCCAGCUGGCGCCCCGGGACGCGCUGCCGGCCCACGCCCACCUGCGCUUUUACACAGCUUCCCCUGGCCCCCCACUCGCCCUCUGCUUCGUGGACAUCCGCCGCUUCGGCCACUGGGACCUCGGGGGCGAGUGGCAGCCCGGCCGUGGGCCUUGUGUCUUGCUGGAGUACGAGCAGUUCAGGGAGAACGUGUUACGAAACCUAGCAGACAAGGUCUUUGACCAGCCCAUCUGCGAGGCCCUCUUGGACCAGAGGUUCUUCAAUGGCAUUGGCAACUAUCUGCGGGCAGAGAUCCUGUACCGGCUGAGGAUACCCCCUUUCGAGAAGGCCCGUAAGGUUCUAGAGGAGCUGCAGCAGCGCAGGCCGAGCCCGGAGCUGACCCUGAGCCAGAAGAUCAGGGCUAAGCUGCAGAACCCAGACCUGCUGGAACUGUGUCACUCCGUGCCCAAGGAAGUGGUCCAGCUGGGGGGCAAAGGAUAUGGGCCGGAGCAUGGGGAGGAGGACUUCGCUGCCUUCCGAGCAUGGCUGCAGUGCUAUGGCGUGCCUGGCAUGAGCUCCCUGCGGGACCGGCGUGGCCGGACCAUCUGGUUCCAGGGGGAUCCCGGACCCCUGGCACCGAAAGGAGGCAAGUCCCGCAAGAAGAAAUCCAAAGGAGCACAGCAGGGGCCUGAGCACAGACUGGAGAGUCCCUUGGGGACUAUCUCCUCUACUCAGGACCCUCUCGUUCCAAGCACAGCCCCUUCCAGGACACGUGGGGCACGCAGAGGCCCUCCUGGUCAAAGUACAGCCCAGCAGCCAGAGGGGACCAGCCUCCAGCAGGACCCAGAGGUCCCGCCAGUCCCUGGGAAGGGAAAGAGGAGGAGGCGACCAGCAACCUCAGAAGGUCUGGGAAGCCCAAGUUGGGAGAAGCUGUUGCCUGACCUUGGAAACAGGAGAGCCACCCAGGCAAGGCCAACUGAGCCCCUCCACCCGUCUUCCAGGCCCUGGCUCUCAGAGGACUGCCUGCCUCUGCAGGUACAGCCGCUUGGAGGUGGUGUAGAGACCUGGGCCCCAGGCAGCAGGGGGCCCCCCCAGUUCCUCCCAUCCAGAAUUCCCAGCACUGCCAUUGCCUGUGCAUCCUCUUGCUCCUCUUCUAGAGGGCAGCCAGCUGGAAUCCACCCUCCUGGCCUCCUCCCCAUGGGAGGAGCUUCUUAUCCCAUCUCUUCUCUAGGUUGUGGUCCCUGAUAUCCCAA